GCUUUUAAAAUUCUCAAGCUAUCGUCAGGUGAGCAGUGGCACUGCUGCCGCUAAGGUGAAGGCUAAAGUGGCGGCUACAUCGCGGCCUCACACACUGCGCAUCCAGCUGUCUGGCCAUCAUCAUCAUCAUCAUAAUUCCAGCAUGGCCUCUGACGAAUCCAUUGGCAGCUGCUCACUUGAUGUUGAUGUCACAGCUAGUGAUGCUUCAGACUGUGUGGAUUUGAGUACAGUGUCUGCCUGUACACUAAGAAGUUUACAGUUGUCAACAAAAACUCCUGAUCCUGAUUGUAUAGCUACCAUAUCUCCUGGAGGGGCUUCAACACCUGAGUAUGUUAAGCGGACUGCUCGUCUCUUUGAAUCCUCUGGUAGCGCAGACUUAGGAAGUCAGUCACCAAAAAGUUCGGUACUUCAAAACAAUGGAAGACAUGCCGGCUUGAGUAAAACUAACGAUGUUCCCAGUGUGGUGGUAGUCAAUGGGGCCAAUUCAGUGAAGACUGGAGAAAAUUUAUUAAAUGGUGGUGGUUUUACAGGAAAGAAACCUUCCUAUUUAGGUUUGGCUUGCUCAGUAAGUGGCUAUAGUGGCAUUACAACAUAUGAUAGUAAGCUGCGCGAAGGAUUUCGUUCACGAGAUCAUAGCCCAGGACGUCUGGGCAUCAUAAAAAGUCGAGAUGCGAGUCCCUUGCGACAAGGAGCUGAUCAGUUUGAAAAACAUUUUACCCCAACUUACAGAUCAGACUGUGGGAAUUUUCUGGUUGCACCACCUGCAAAAGUAGGUGGUUUGAGUAGUGCAGAUGUUGACAGAGUGUCCUCAUUAUCACCCACAAAAUCAGGAUCAAAUGUUAUAGAAGCAGUCAUAUUUGGAAAUGGAAAUAUAAGCAGUGGAAAUCAAGUAGGUGUGAUAAAUUAUAAGGAUAAGAAUAAAAUUGAGAGCUCCGAAUUACAAAGGACGAUGGGGGAUGAUGCGAAUUUUGUGACAACUGGUCAUCAUACAGUGAAUGGUGUAUCAGGAAAAGUAGAUACCACUGAAACUGAAUGUAAUCGUAGACCUUUAGACAGUUCUCAGUGUGUGGAUAGUUACAGUAGUUCCACUAAAGAGGAGUUUUUUUCUGGCUUUACAUCUAAUAUACAAAAAUCUGCACAAAAUUUAAUGUCUUCGAUGUUAACAACAGACUCUUCAUUUUCUUCAACACACUAUGAAUCUUCAGUUAUACAAUCAACAAAAUCAAGAGACGCGACAGACUUUUCUUCGCCUCUGAAGAACUCUUCUGUAACGUCAGUGCCUAGAGAUGGUUUUGGAGCUUUCUCUCCUAUCAGAUGUUCACCAGAAUCACCAAAGAUUGUUUCAGGUUCCUGUGUGACUUCUUCACCUAGAGACAGUUCCAGUCUGUCAUCUCCUUUGAAACAUUCUCCAGAUUCUCCAAAAACUUCUUCAAAGGAUUCCCUCAGUACACCCGCAACAACAUCCCCUCAGAAACGAUCCCCUGGAACUGUACGAGUUGUGGAAUUCACAUCUCAGACAAAAAGCUAUGUGCGUACAGCAUUUGUCUCUGGUAGUUCAGUGGAAUCUGCUUCAACAUAUACAGCUCAGGGUUAUUCAGAUUCACCUCAACUGAAGGAACUUGUGGAUGGAUCAAAAAGAACGAGCUAUGUAAGAAACAUUCACUCUGAGUUGGCUGCAUGUGACUCGUCUGACAAUGAGGGAUCUUCUGUUACAUUUGCAGCUAAAACUAAUGCCUCAAAUUCAGAAACUACUGUGUGGGCAAGCAAGUCUUUCAUUCAGCAGAGGGUGGAGCGUUUGUAUGGUCCUGGGGCAUUGGCUCAAGGUUUCUUUAGAAGAACACGCCAUAAACCUUCUGAUGAAGUCCAGGGUCCAUGUGAAAGCCAUACUCCACAUAAUGGCUACUGCCAUAACAGUAGUCCUACACUGCCAGUGUUGAGGCAUUUGCGUCCAGAGUUUCGUGCACAGUUAUCUUUGGGGCCUGCAACUAAGAAACUGAAUGAACAUGAUGGUGGAACACCAGCUAUUGAAGAAACCAGAGCAGACGUAUCUAAACGAUCUUCAGCAAGGAUUAUACCAAUUCAGCAACAAGUCUCAGUAGAGAGCCUGACAGAAAGCUUAACAGAUCUUCAGCCUGCUGCUCCAGAUGUAGUUCUACCCAUUGAGCAGACUCAGUCAGUUUCUAAUCAACCAUCUGAACGAUCAGAAGAUGGUGGUGACACAGUUUCUCAAAUACAGAAGGAUGGACAUUAUUUCUUAAAGUUGCUGAAGCAAGAGAUAGAUCGACUGAAUGGGCUUGUGGAAACUACAGAAGCUGACUUGACAAGUGGAGGGUCACUGCCUGAAGAGGCCUUAGGAAAGUUACGAGCCGCCUCUGGGCAAGCUAAGUUGCUGAUACGACAGAAGCUGCAGCAGUUUGAAGGGCUGUGCCACAAGAACAUUGCACAGAGUUCAGAAGAGCCGUUCCCAACAACCAGUGAAGAUUUGGCAGGAUUCUGGGAUAUGGUUAUGCUCCAAGUUGAACAUGUGAACAAACUGUUUGAAGAGAUCACAGCUCUAAGAGCAGCUGAUUGGGUGGAGGCUAAGGUUCGAGUCAAGGAUGUGGUAGAUGGGAUACCAAAACGAAGAGUUGCAGGUGGAACAAAACGUAGUUCUGCAGCUCCAACCAAGAGUUCUACAAGCAGUGAGGCAGCUCGCAAGGCUCGAGAAGAAGGCCGUAGGAAGAUGAUGGAAGAAAGACGUAGGGCCAUGCGGGAGAAGCGGGAUGCUGGAGCCACAUCAGAUCAGGUAGAGAUAUUUGUACCACAGGAGAACGGUAAGUAGCGAGUGCAGGAGGUUGUGGUUAUGGAAGCAGCAUAUGACUGCCAGGUACUGCCAAUAUUUUUGCACAGCAAACUGACUGUAGGGUUUAUUGAUAUGGAAAGGAAAAGGUGAUUCUGUUACAUAGAACUUUCAAUUUGGACAUAAGGAAAAAGCCGAAAGUUGUGAAGGUGUCAAACGUUGCUUGAAUCACAUCAUGAAACAGCAGACAAAUUUUAGCCUAAUAAGUCAUUGAUUCACAUUUAAAAUUAUUUGUUUCUUAGUCAAGCUGAACAACUUUAUGGUGUGUGUUCUAUAUCAAUACGUUUGUGAAGAUCCAGAGUGAUAUAUUGUCAUGAUUUAAUAAAUAUAAUACAGAAUGGCAUAAAAUAUAUUGUUUAAGUGUUUUAUGCUACCUUUUAAAGUUUUUAAGUUUACAAACUAGGGUUACCAACUCACAUAUAAACUAAAUUUUGAACAGUGGUUGUUGAUGAGUAGAGAGAGGGCCUUAGUUCAAUCUCUGUAAGAAAGACGCCUUGGUCUUGGUGGGUGAUUGUAUGUUGAUAGUAUGGACAGUUAACAUAAUGUUGAGAAAUUUCAGUCAAACAACCAUUUUGGGGCCCAUUAUGUCAACUCUGCUCCAGUUUAGUGACUCGUAGGAAGAUUCCUGGGUUAAACUGUGAUGUAAAUAUUGAUAUUAGGGGGGAUAGAGAUAGAUUAGUGCCAGCCGGAAGUCGACAAAUUAAACUUGUAUGGUGUUAAUCUUAACUCCAGAGAUUCUUUGGAAAUUGGUAGAAAAGUCUUAAUUGUUGCAGAGUGCAGACUUAUUUUUGUAUUGAGCAUACAUAUUAGGAGUGACAGUGAAAAUAAUGAUAAUUCCAGAGCAUUUAAAAUGUACAAAGAUAAACCUUCAGGUCAUUUAUGAAUCCCAUAUAAGGAAAGCUAUUUGAGAUUCUUGAAUUUUCAGUGUUUGGGGGGUGGGGGGACUUGAAUAAAAUCACUUUUAUGAAACAAAAUCUAACAGUUAAGUUAUCACUCAAAAUGACCUUGCUGAAUGAAAAUUUGGACUCUCAAAUUUUUUAAUAAAAUUAAAUGCUUGACAAACAUAUUUUCUGAACUAGCGCUAAACAAGGAACUGGACGUUUAUCAACAGCAGUGGCCAUGUUCUCUCUUGCUCCGUUACUUGUCCUAAGGACAUGCAGGUUGACUAAACCACGUGACACAAAUAGUAUGUCUUUGAAAUCAUGAAAGAUGUCCAAAUCAUUGGUUUCAGAACCUGCACGUUUAUGUCAUUAAAUUUUUAUACAAAUUCUUUUCGUAAAAUAAUUUUUGAUUUGGAAACAAAACAGUUUGAAAUUUUAACUCUUUUCUAAUCUUAGUAAUGGACAAGUGUUUUGCAGUAUGUAACAUCUCAGCCCAACAAUAUUCCCACUUUCAUCUUUUUCUAACAGUGCUGAUUAAUGAAUGAAUUUAAAGGAGACCCGUCACUGGUUAUUCAUGACUUACCACACUGAACAAGUUUAAACCAGAACUUUAAUACUGCUAACAGAACAGAGCAUAAAGACAGCAUGGUUAUGCCACCUUCAAAUACUGAUGUUUCAGUUCUUCAAGAAAGUUUUAACUUCAAAUGAACUUGGUUUUCUUUGGAGCAGAUAUUUGGAAAAAGAGAACAGUUAAACAUGGAUGUAUAUACCAUAUUUACUCAUGUAUAACAUGCUUGGUCCCUCGCCGUAGCCGCGCGGUCUGAGGCAUCAUGCUUCGGACCAGCGAUACGGAAUGCGCUCUGGUUCGAGUCUCG